UAGUUGUUCUUGAAACUGUAAUAUUUAAUCAUGUUACGAAUUUGUAUUCUUCUAAUUACAUUGGCUGUACCAAUUUUGGGGGCAUCAAUUGAAGGAAGAGUUGUAGGAGGCGUGGAUGCUGAUUUGGGAGAUGUUCCCUCCAUUGUUUCAUUGAGAAGUUAUGGCGAACAUAACUGUGGAGGAGUUUUAAUAUCCAAAGAUUAUGUUUUAACUGCAGGACAUUGUGCUUUCUCUCCAAAGUCUAUACAAUAUGGAGUUAUCGAAAUUGAGCCAAGUGCUGAAGACGAAACAGUCAUUUCUAUUGCAGCAAUAAUCCUGCAUGAGAAUUAUAGCAGCUCGACAUUGGAAAAUGACAUCGCAUUAUUAAAAGUGCGUAAGAAUUCUUUAUUUUUAAUUCGACGUUGGAUAUUAGCAGAACCAGCAGUAUUUGGUAAAUAUGUAAAACCAGCAGUUUUACCUGAAAAAGACGAGCCUGCUCCAGGAGGAAGUAACGUUCUUUUAGCUGGAUGGGGAUACACAGCUACUGGUGGAUUUAUGCCCAAGAGAUUACAAAAGGCUAAUAUUACCAUUGUAGACCUUGAGGAAUGUAGAAGUAUCCAUCAAAAUGGAAAUGGUAUGAUUAUUUAUGAUAGUAAUAUAUGCGCAGGAGUUCCAGGAGGAUCGAAAGAACAAUGCAAUGGUGACUCUGGUGGUCCAUUAACAUUGGAUGGAAAAGUUGUGGGAUUGGUAUCACGGUCAAUAAAGCCAUGUGGAACACCUCCUUUUCCAGGUGCAUACACACGUGUUGCAAGUUUCAGAGAUUGGAUACCGGUUAUUGAACACGCUAUAAUUGGUAGGUAUACCGCGUAUGGAAGUUUGACUAUGUUUGGCAAAAAAAUAAUAAUCCUAAACAUUCAAAAUUUAAUAUUUGAUACAAGUAUUUUGGUACAAUUAAAAAAGUUUUCCUUCCAAGCAAGAUAUAUAAUCAUGUUGCGAUUUUGUAUUCUUCUAAUUACGUUGGUUAUACCAAUUUUGGGAGCGUCUCUUGAAAAUAGAGUUAUAGGAGGUGAAGAUGCCAAUUUAGGAGAUGUUCCUUCAAUUGUUUCUUUACGUCGGGACAGUGGUGAUCAAAACUGUGGUGGAGUUUUAAUUUCUAAGGAUUACGUGCUAACUGCUGCACAUUGCGCUCCAUCUGCCGAAUCAAUACAAUACGGAGUUUUAGACAUUGAUUCAAACGCUGAUGAUGAAACAGUAAUUGCGGUUGCAGCAAAAAUCGUUAAUAAAAAAUAUGAUAGCUGGACAUUAGAAAAUGACAUUGCUUUACUCAAGCUAGCCGAACCAGCAGUGUUUGGUAAAUACGUUCAACCAGCAAUUUUACCUGAUACAGACGACCCUGUACCGGCAGGAAGUAACGUACUUUUAGCUGGCUGGGGAGUUAAUUCGAGCUUAAGUGGAUAUUCACCUACUAGGUUACAAAAAGCUAACCUUACUGUGGUGGACCUUGAAGAAUGUAAAAGUAUUCAUCUUGGUGGUGGUAAUAGUGGAAUGACUGUUGUUGAUAGUAUGCUAUGUGCGGGAAGUCCAGGUGGAGAGAAAGAACAAUGCAAUGGUGACUCAGGUGGUCCAUUAACUUUUAAUGGAAAAAUAGUUGGCUUGGUAUCUUGGUCAAUCAAACCAUGUGGACUUACUCCAUAUCCAGGUGUAUAUACACGUGUUGCAAGUUUUAGAAAAUGGAUACGUACAAAUUCUGGUGUAUAAAUAUGUAACUUCAUUAAAAUAAAUUAAAAUAUAUAAUAUGACACGGA